AAGUUGGAUUCCUGAGCCCCAGAACCACCCCCUUGCCCUUGCCUGCUGUCCGUGUCGGGCGAGGCUCGCUCCUUAUGGCCGGAGGGCGGGUGCCGUCCGUGCAGUGGAACAAAAGGCUGUCAAGUUGGGGAUUGUGUGAAAACCCCGCUUUUUCCUUCUGCGUCUGAUGCAACCGCGGCACCCAGGCCCAUCCACGAGCAAGUGCAUUUUGUAGCGCUGAUGGAAGUGAGAAGCACGAAGCCGCUCUCCCGAUUUUUGCUGGAUCAUACCAGCAGUGCGUUUCCCAUCAGCGUCAUGGCCUUGGAAAAGUCAGCCGGAGCCGGCCAGAAUUGAGACCCGUUCGUGAACCAGGCCUGCUGCCUGACUGUUGACAAGUAUCUGAUAUGUGUAACACACCGACUUACUGUGACCUAGGAAAGGCUGCCAAGGAUGUCUUCAACAAAGGAUAUGGGUUUGGCAUGGUCAAAAUAGACCUGAGAACCAAGUCUUGUAGUGGAGUGGAAUUUUCUACUUCUGGUCAUGCUUACACUGAUACAGGAAAAGCGUCAGGCAACCUAGAGACCAAAUAUAAGGUCUGUAACUAUGGACUCACCUUCACCCAGAAAUGGAACACAGACAACACUCUGGGGACAGAAAUCUCUCUGGAGAAUAAGUUGGCUGAAGGAUUGAAACUGACUCUUGACACCAUAUUUGUACCAAACACAGGAAAGAAGAGUGGGAAAUUGAAGGCCUCCUAUAAACGGGAUUGUUUUAGUCUUGGAAGUAAUGUUGAUAUAGAUUUUUCUGGACCAACCAUCUAUGGCUGGGCUGUGUUGGCUUUUGAAGGUUGGCUUGCUGGCUAUCAGAUGAGUUUUGACACAGCCAAAUCCAAACUGUCACAGAAUAAUUUUGCCCUGGGUUACAAGGCUGCAGACUUCCAGCUGCACACUCAUGUAAACGAUGGUACUGAAUUCGGAGGUUCCAUCUACCAGAAGGUCAACGACAAGAUUGAAACGUCAAUAAACCUCGCAUGGACGGCUGGCAGUAACAACACGCGUUUUGGCAUCGCAGCUAAAUACAAGCUGGAUUGUAGAACUUCUCUCUCUGCUAAAGUAAAUAACGCCAGCCUGAUUGGACUGGGUUAUACGCAGACCCUUCGACCAGGAGUCAAAUUGACCCUGUCCGCUUUAAUCGACGGGAAGAACUUCAAUGCAGGAGGCCACAAGGUUGGGCUGGGAUUUGAGCUGGAAGCCUGAUGUGGCUCUGAGUCAAGCAUCACAUUGGUCCCUGGCAGCGAAGAGAAAUGAACCCACUAUGUUUUGGCCUUAAAAUUCUUCUGUGAAAUUUCAAACGUGUGAACUUUUUAUUCUUCCAAAGAAUUGUAAUCCUCCCCACACCGAAGUCUGGAGAUUGCGGGUGCACGCUCAGGGAGGCUCUGGGAGGCGUGCCCGGAAGUUGUCGUGUGUGUGCCACAUUUCAGUUCCGAUCCGCGGGGUUGGUUUUCACGUGUCCCUCGGCAGCAGCCUACUGUCGCGUUACAGGAGACGACCCAGCCCUCCAGUUUGUACAUCGCAACCUGCAUGCCCUACCCCCACCCAUCGCCCCGAUUGUUCUCCAUGCUGUAGUGGAAUCUUUGGUUCUGCAUCAGAGUAAACUCAAAUAAACCCAUCACAUUUGG